AUAUCCCCUCCAUUUCAGUUUUUUGCCCUAAUAUUUUUGCUUCCUUCCUCCAUUUGAGAGUGCUCAGAAAACUGCUUCUUCAGUCGGCAAAGAGAGAAACAAAGAUGGUGAGACCUUACGCAGUGAAAGGUGGAGUUAAGAGGAAGAAGAGGGAAGAAGUAUACGAUGAUGAAGAAAUUGAAGCAACAAUCUCAACCUUAGAAAACAAUACUUACAAGGAAGAAGAAAAAGAAACAGAAAAAGAAGAAGAAAUAGAUAGAGACGAAACAACAACGGAGAGUGAACUUGCUGGUAUUCCAAUUGCUCCUUCUUCUUCUGUUAAAAAAUCAAAGUCUGGGAUUGUUUUCGUUCUUGAAAGAGCUUCUUUGGAAGUUGGCAAAGUUGGAAAGACCUACCAGCUCUUAAAUUCUGAUGAACACUCUAAUUUCCUAAAGAAGCAUGGUAAGAAUCCAGCUGAUUACAGGCCUGACAUCGCCCAUCAGUCACUACUUGCAAUAUUGGAUAGUCCACUUAACAAGGCUGGGAGGUUACAAGCUGUUUAUGUGAAAACUGAGAAAGGAGUGCUUUUUGAAGUCAAACCUCAUUGUCGUAUGCCAAGAACUUUUAAGAGGUUUUGUGGUAUCAUGUUGCAGUUACUACAAAAAUUGAACAUAACUGCCACUGGAAAGCGGGAAAAGCUUUUGCGUGUGAUUGCGAAUCCAGUAACUCGGCAUUUACCGCUUAACUCUCGUAAAAUUGGUCUGUCACAUAGCUCAUCGAAGUUGGUUCAAUUAAGGGACUACGUUAAUGCUGCUAGUGAUGAUACGAACCUUGUGUUCGUGGUCGGGGCAAUGUCUCAUGGGAAAAUCAAUAACGACUAUACCGAUGAUUUUAUAUCAGUUUCUGGAUAUCCUUUGAGUGCUGCGUGUUGCAUUGGUCGGAUCUGCAAUGCUUUGGAGCUAAAGUGGAAGAUUUUGUAAACGUGUUCAGAGCCUGGGGGUUAGAUUUUUUUUGAUCAUGUAAUUCUAGAUAAGAGUGAUGUUACCAAUUUUCAGCAACAAAGGCUAUAAGCUUUCUAUUUUGGUUGUAAAAUGAUAUACGACUUAUGUGAGGAUGCUGUGCAUUAGUGGUGAGCUCGUGUAAUAUCUGGAAGGGGUGAAAUUAUACCCACUUAAGUAAUUCAGGAAAAUUUUGAGAUUUGCUAGAA